ACCUGCUAGAAAAAGCCGAGACUCCGGACCCCUCCCUGCCUCUGCCCAUUGGCUGCCAAGUGACACCGGGGGGCGGAUCCGCCUCGCCCCCUGUCGCCCGGCCCAUAUUUAGCCGGUGGCGCUGGCGCUUUGACCGCUUAGCUCGCAGCACGCCGACUGGUCGCGGAGAGGUUUAAUUUCUUUUGCAGUCUUCCUUUAGAAACGCACCGAGGGCAUCGCCACUCCCGACCUCCACAGUGCUUGGAUUGGAGCCGCCUCGGCGCCGCCAGACUCCCCAGCAAGAUGCCGCGCUCUUUCCUGGUGAAGAAGCAUUUCUCGGCCAGCAAGAAGCCCAAUUACAGCGAACUGGAAAGCCAGACUGUGAUUGUCUCCCCGUGUUUGUAUGAGAAGUACCCCAUCUCUGUCAUCCCCCAGCCUGAUCUGCUGAGUUCUGGUUCCUACUACCCUCCACUUGUAUGGGACACAGGGCUGCUCUCCAAUUUCUUCACCUCUGAGCCGGAGUACAAGAAAAGUGCCACUUCUCCACCCAGCCCUGGCUCCAAACCUCUGGAUCUGACCUCCAGCGAAGAAGAGGAUGGCAAGACAACCUCUGACCCGCCCAGCCCAGCUUCUUCUGCCACCGAAGCGGAGAAAUUCCUCUGCAGCCAAUGCAACAAGUCCUACUCCACCUUUGCAGGCCUUUCCAAGCACAGACAAUUGCACUGCGACUCCCAAGCCAGGAAAUCUUUCAGCUGCAAAAACUGUGAGAAGGAGUAUGUGAGCCUGGGAGCUCUCAAGAUGCACAUCCGAAGCCAUACCCUGCCCUGCGUGUGUAAAAUUUGCGGCAAAGCCUUCUCCAGGCCUUGGCUCCUGCAGGGCCACAUCAGAACGCACACUGGCGAGAAACCGUUUUCCUGCACACACUGCAACAGGGCUUUUGCCGACCGCUCCAACCUCCGAGCCCACCUGCAGACUCACUCGGACGUCAAGAAGUACCAGUGCAAAACCUGCUCCAGGACUUUCUCCCGCAUGUCACUUCUCCACAAACAUGAAGAAACGGGCUGCACUGGGGCGCGCUGAGAGAUCUUCCCUCUUGCAUCUUAGGAAAAGAAGAAGAAAAAUGCUAAGGACUCUCCUCCAUGCCAAUGCAUAUAUUGUAACUAGCGCCUGUAGGAAUAUAGUUUUUCCCAUUUGAGUUCAGCUGCCAGGGCAAAACUUGGUUUCUACAUGCUUCAGUGACAUUCAGGAUACUUCUCCCUCUCUCUUUAGUUUAAAAGUCUGGUUCCGCACCCCCUGGCCACGGCAGAAUGCCUCUUGGUUUAGGCAGGAUAAGGCUGGUUUGCAGAAAAAAGCGUUCUGAUGUUUUAUUAGUGUAAGGACCCUUCGGAAUGUGCUCAGCAUCUCCCAGUAUUGAGCCUUGCACCAAGCUGGCCUGAAGGACCACAGUAUAUAUAUUUUUUAUUUCUGGGGGUGUUGGGGGAAGAAAAAAAUAAUCUGCUGUUAACUGUUGACCCUGAAUUGAUAUGCCUCUCAAGGAGGACAAAAGCAAAAUGUUUCCAACCCCCACUCAAUUCUCUCUUGCUGGAAGCCUUGUAUAUACCCCCCCCCCAAAAAAAAACACCCUCCCGAGAAGGUGUAACUCUGCAGUAAUACAGUAUUGCAUUAGCUCUGAGGCAGCUGCUUCCCCCACCAGCACAAUGAUAAUUUGCAAUGCCUCAAAGAUUAACAAUGUCUAUAGAAGGCCCUGGGUAGCCAUUUCAAACAAGACUCCUGUUUACAGAGCAGCUAUGCACUCAAGCACCUGUUAAUAUGACUUCUUUUAACAACUGCUUUUCAAAAGAACUGUGACUAAUAGCAGGCACUUGUCAGGCGAUACAAUAGCAGCCUGUGUAGAGAGGCUGCCCAUUGACAGGUGUGUGCCAAAAGAACUAUUUAUGGUUAUUGACAGGUGCCUCCUGAAUGCAUCUUUCUUUUGUACAUUGUUUCCACAUCAUAAACAACAGAAAAAAAGAGAAAAGAGUAUGUUUACAUUUCAAAGGUACACUGGUAUUUAUAUAUUUUUGUGCCACGAUUUUAUACUGAUUCAAAACUUUUUUUAUAUAUAAUUAUAUACAAUUUAUUGAUAUUCAAUAAAAUGGUUAAUUUAUAAUCUGGUCUUGUGCUAUUACUCAGCUUUCUGGCGACUUGUAUUCCAGUGUAAAAUUGCAUGCUUUAACGCUGCGGAAGUUAGUUGUGGUUAAAUCCCUACAAGUUAGUCUU